ACGGACGACGAGAUGCGGCGCCUCAACAUCCCCGUCCUGCAGGACGAGGGCUUCCUCUUCCUCUGGGUCACCGGCAGGGCCAUGGAGCUGGGCCGCGAGUGCCUCAACCUCUGGGGGUACGAGCGGGUGGACGAGAUAAUCUGGGUGAAGACCAACCAGCUGCAGCGCAUCAUCCGCACCGGCCGCACGGGCCACUGGCUCAACCACGGCAAGGAGCACUGCCUGGUGGGGGUGAAGGGGAACCCCCAAGGCUUCAACCGGGGCCUGGACUGCGACGUCAUCGUGGCCGAGGUGCGCUCGACGAGCCACAAGCCCGACGAGAUCUACGGGAUGAUCGAGCGGCUCUCGCCCGGCACGCGCAAGAUCGAGCUCUUCGGCCGCCCCCACAACGUCCAGCCCAACUGGAUCACGCUGGGGAACCAGCUGGACGGGAUCCACCUGCUGGACCCCGACGUGGUGGCGCAGUUCAAGCAGCACUACCCCGACGGCAUCAUCUCCAAGCCCAAAAACAUGUGAAUUAUUCCCACUUUUUUAUGGAAUAAACGGAAAAAAGGAGGUGGAUUUUGGUGUGU